AUGGCUCAUGAUUAUUAUUAUAAAGAUAAAUUUCGUUUAAAUGCAAAACCCAAGACUAGUAAAUUAAUUUUGACAGAAAAACAACGUAAUCAAUUAAAUUAUUUAUUCACCAUAUCGGAUUCUCCUGGCAACGAAAUUUUUACCACGGAAAUUUGGAAUGAGUCUGCUGAAGAUCAAAAGAAUGCAAAGGAAUUUAUAAUUUAUCAAGCAAUUCCCGUUGAUUUGGUUGAUCCAACAAAUUCUGCGAAUAGAGAUCCAGCAAACAGAUGGAAGAUACGUUGGAGUGAUAAAAAAAAUGGAGCUACCCUUUAUCAAUGUAGUUGUGGUUCCGAUAUGCAAGCUGCUAGUAAGACUCCUGUACAAAAACAGAGGCCCGUCAGACAAUUAUAUGAAUUUAAUGGUUGCUUGGCCUUUGUGAGAUUGGAAAUUGAUGUUGAUAAAAAAGUUUUUAAAAGGGUUCAUGGUUAUUUGGUUCAUUCGGAAGCAUGUCAUCGUGCUUUGCCAAAGAAAAAUGCUCCGAAAAUUUCGAUCAAUUGUGAUAUUAGAGAUAUGACCGAAUUAUUAAUUAGAACAAAUGCUUCAACCAAUGAUAUAUUGUCGCUUAAUCAACAACUUGUGAUUUAUCAAUUGGGUGGAAGAUUAAUAUUAAGAAAUGAUUUAAAAGGUAAAGAUGAACAUUUCGUAAUAACAGCAUUUGACGUCAAAGAUGCUAGGCGUUGGAUUAAAAGUAAUCCUCAACCUCAAUGGGAUUUUGAUGCUGAUCGUUCCGUUGAGCAUAAUUUACGAGAAUUAUUCGGUCCAAACUCCUCGGACGUGGAUUUAAGAGACGCUACUAUACAUUAUAAACCAAGGGAUAAUCGUUACGAUUAUACACUUUUGAUAUUGGCGUCGGAAGAACAACGUUUGCAGGCAUGGAAGUAUGGUCAUCAAAAAUAUAUCGUAUUAGAUGGAACUUUCCAGACCGGAAGCAGAAAAUUACAGAUGUAUGUCAUCAUGGUUAUUGAUGAAUACAAAAGAGGAGUGCCAAUCGGUUAUCUUUUAUUCUCAAGGCCUUGUCACACGGAUUUAAUGGUAGUCUCUAAUCACGAAUAUGGAAUACUGAGACAUCUAUUGGAAACGUAUAAAAAUGUCUUGAGUCAAGAAGCUGGUGAAUCAUUCGCUCCCAAGGUUGCUAUAAUUGAUUUUGGUUUUAAAGAACGACUUGCGUGUUCCGAAGUUUGGCCCUAUAUUCAUCUUGUGUUUUCACCUUCUCAAGUGCAUCAGUGUUGGACAAAUAAAAUAGAUCAGUUAUUGGUUAACGUUGGGGAUCAUGAACUUACAAGAAAUCGUACAGAGAUGAAGAAAUUUCUAAACGAUAUGAUAGCUGAACUUCAACAAUGUACAAACGAACAUGAAAUUCGAAUGAAAAUUGAAGAAACGGAAAAAUUCAUAAAGGAUCGGUAUAAGAAUUGUGUGAUAAAUGCAAAGAUAUAUGAUGGACAAUUGGAAUUCAUCACGUAUUUUAAAAAAGAUUGGGUGAAUGAAUUAAUGCAUAUGUGGACAUUUUAUGGCAGGAAAAAAGCGGCAGAUAUACUAGCAAUCGAUGUCAAUGCUAUGCCGUGGACAACGGAUUACCUGGAAGGUUUCAGAAGACAGUUCAAUUCAAAACGUAUACUAAGAUUUCAACGAAAAGGGCACGUUUUACGAUUAGAUGCCUUGGGCGUUAUGUUGGUCAAAUGCAUAACGCCGAUUUGUAAUAUUCAACGCGAUCUCUGGAAUAACAUUGAUGAUAUACUGAACAGAAAAUCACAAUCACAAGGGGAAGAAGAAUUUGAAGAAGGCAAUCCAGAAUAUGUUCCCGAUAAUAAAAAUAUGGAUUAUUAUAUUGUUUGUCUUGCACCAUUCAUAAGUUGUCAUUGUUUUAAUUUCCUCCUUCGUGGAGGUGCUUGUUCUCAUAUACGAGCGGCCAUCAAAGUCGUUAAUUGGAUGCGACUAGAACCGAGAACAAGGAUCUAUUUUAAUAAUUUAGAGCACUGGGAAAUGCCUCACAUUCAAUUAGAUUCGCGCAUAGAGGCACUGAAAGGGUUGCACAAGCAAAAUCAUAGGAAGGUAUUUCCGUUUCAAUCAGAUGAUCCUAUAGAUGAUGAGAAUUGCUCCGAUAGUGAAGAUGAGGAUGUUGACCCCUUUGAUCCCCGUAUGAACUUUUUGACAGGGUUUGAUAAAUGGACAUUUGGAGUGGGGACAAGUUCAACGCCCAUUUCAGCACUGACUGAAGGAUCCUCAACACGAAAUCCAAUUGCUAUCAACGAUACAGGUUCAACACAGUCUAUAACCAAUUCUUUAAUAGGCUCAACGGCAAGAGAGAGGAUGAUUCAAUCUUGGAACAACGACCUAUCGCUUGCUACAAAUAGAUUAAUAGGAAACAUGGACGAUUUAAUAACGGUCUUUAAAAAGCUUGAUCAAAAUCAAUCAAACGUUCCCGAUGGAAUAUCAGAAGAGUUGAAAGUUCUGGAUAAUGAAUUACUCACGAGAUUAAAUACGUUAAUACAAUGCGAAAAAUCAAAAGAAUUAAUGACAACUUUGUGGCAGAUAAGACAAAAAUUUGAUCCCACCACAAAUAAGAGCGAUGACUUGCCAAAAAAUUAA